UCCAGACACUUGCCCUGUGCCGACUCAUCGUCUGGGAAAUCGCUACCCAGUAUAAAACCCACAGCCAGAAGGAAUUAGAUCAGUUCCUUUGAAGGCGUUAGAAAGUGAGUCCUCCUAAGUGUUUGUUGUUGGAUCAACAGGUGACCGAUUGCGUAACGGUGAUGCACGUAAUCCGAAAGAGAUAAAAGUUUUGCUACACAUAGAUUUGGGUGGUCCUGUUUGAAAAAGGAAAAGAUUUUGUGUUAGGGUUGUUUUCGCGUAAACAGCUGAACUUUCUCAGGUUUAGACCUCAGCUGGACAUGGCAGAGGGAGACUUCUACACGAUGGGAAACCGACAGAGGUUUCCCAGGGAUCCGUUUGGAGAAUCGCCGUUCAGAGAGCAGUCUCCAUUCAGGGAUCAGCUCGGACCUCGGUUUAUGGAAGAUGAGUUUGGGAUGCCACCUUUCCCCGAUGAUCUCGCAAUGGACUGGCCGGGCUGGGCUCGGCCGGGCCGGUUAGGCACACGCCUCAGUUCCUCGCCCUUCAGCAGCAGUUUACGCACAGGUUUCCCCCCGCGCCAGUCCCAGGGAGGCCCCACGCUGUACACCAGCAGGUACAACGAGCCCUCCUCCCGGAGCUCCCCCAUCACCACCGGGGGCGAGCCCUGGAAAGUUUGUGUGAACGUCCACAGCUUUAAACCAGAGGAAUUAAACGUCAAAACGAGAGAUGGAUUUGUAGAAGUGUCAGGGAAACAUGAAGAGAAGCAAGAAGAAGGAGGCAUAGUGACAAAGAAUUUCACAAAGAAGAUACAGAUCCCGAUAGAUGUGGACCCUCUGACAGUCUUCGCCUCCUUGUCCCCUGAGGGCGUCCUCAUCAUCGAAGCCCGGCAGACGCCUCCAUAUUACCUCUUCAGCAACGAUGGCUCGCAGGGUGGCAACAUUCAGGAGGCAGAGGUCCCCAAGCCCCAGGAGGCCACCAUGGUCUAAACCCCCAACCUUCCCACUGACAUAACAGUUCAAACAGCACAGUUGAUUUGAAGUUUGAUAUGAAAUGUGUGGCCUUCAGCUUCAUGUUGUUAAACAUCUAGAAUUAAAAUGUGUAAAAUAUGGUAGGGAGAUCUUCUUUGACGUCCAUAUUAAAGCUACACCAGGCAAGGUUUUUUAUCUAAAAAUACACCUUUUUACAAGCUGCAAUAGUUUGCCUUAAUGAAAUUCUUGUUCACUUCUCUUUCAUUUUAACCUGAAAAACAAAUGACACAUGUCCAGAGGAGGCAGGACUCUAUAAUUAUUGCAUCAACAAUUAUAAAUCCUUUUGUGAAGCAUCCAUAACUUGUUUAUACACAGCUAAUUACAUUUACAUUAGUAUCACAUAGAUGUAAUAAUAUAUAAUGAUGAAUGAUAACACACAAAUAAAAUCCUCACAGUGUGUCAUAAAAUGUUUUAUUAAUGAAGACAUAUCAAUAUAUAAGAUUGCAAUUAAUGUGUGUUACAUUAUGAUACCAAGUAUUCGUUAAGUGUUACACAAUAGCCAAUGCUUUGAAGGAGUUAUACUAUAGUUGCUAAAAUGUCCUUAAAUCUUAAUAUAACUACAUUAUAGUGUGUUAAAAUGUUUAAUAAAUAAUUUAUUGAUUGAUUAUUUACCUCUAUUUGAAUGCAAAAGUUGUGAAAGUGUUACCCAAAAUAAAAAAAAGUGUUACCCAAACAGCUCACGGAGCCCUCAGUGUAUGAACUUGCCUAGUGCAGCUUUAAUAUUACAUGUGGAUGUAUCCUGAGGUUAUGCUAGAGCUGUUGGGCCACUAAUGCAUUAUAAGUCAUAGCAUUUUCAACCAACCAGUAAGUUAAGAUGACACCAUAUGUGAACUUUUCAAGAAUCACAUUUAUGUUUGUAUUUAUAUUAACAUCUAAUUUUGUGGUACAGUUGCAUAAAAUCUAUUGUAUAUGAUUUCUUUGGUUAAAAAAAUAAGUAUUUUAGCAAUUUUGACAAAUGUGCCUUUAUUUACUUGAGUGUCUUCCUUCAGUUCGACUGUUAUCUUUUAAGUUAAUGAAUGUCACUUAAACUGACAAGAAACGCAAGUAAGUCACCUCCUGUGGCUUCACUAGAGGGUGAACUGUGUGCAUUAAUACUGUAUUCUACCAAAGUGUAUUGUAAAUAUACUUUAAUAUGUGACAAUUCAUUAUAAACAUUGAUCUGAAGUGUUCCAGGUUUUGCAAUAUGGUUUGCAUUUUCUUUUCUAUUUGAGCAUUCAGGAAGAUGGCUGCAUGAUUUUGGUGCGGACAGACUGACUUCUUUGCCAAAGACGUUUGUUUCCUGCCUUCUUUUCUGUUGAUGUCUUUGUAUUGGCUGAUGCAAUAAAAAAUGUCCAGCCAGUC